AUGGACGCCUAUCCCGACGACUAUGUCUCCCAUAACCUUCCCUUCAUUCUGCUAUCCGGGCUCGAAGCGAAACUCAAGGAUGAGCCCGAAUCGGUCGACUACCCCCUUCUUCGCGAGAAGGGCUUGAAGAUAUGCUCGGAUUUCCCACCAGUGACCGGUAUGACUGCGGAGGAGCUGCGGAGGGUACUCUUGGAUGAGAAUGCGACACGGAUUCCAUGGAACCUCAGAGACGAUAAUCAUGAGAGGCUUCUCGGAGCUGGAUAUAAAGUCAAGAGCAUUGGACGGUCCUAUACACUUCCCCCGCGCAAAGCAGAUCCCCCGCCGGUAUCUCCCCCUACCAGCCCUUCAAGCGGACAACAAAAUGAUAUACUGCGCGUACCAUCUUUUGUCCUUCACUCUCCAAUAUCUCCGUUAACACCAAGCUCCCCAACAUUCCCGGACGGGCUGGUACCUCCGCUAUGGGUCACGAAACAUCAGAGCCUCGUUCCCGCCGCCGUGAUCAAUUUCUUUCCCUUCUCGCUGGACCCGAACAUGAAUUCGCUUCGCGAUAACCAGCUCAAAAUAGAGAUAAACGGAUUGAAGAAAGAAUGGCAAUCAUCUGGUUACAAGACUAGAUUCAUGGUUGUUCUUCUGUCUGAAGAAGGUGAUGAAAAUAACAUUGGAGACACAGACGACCGGAUAGCUAGUAUUCGGCGAGCGACCAACUUGGAUCCAAAGUCAAUCUUUCUUCUUCCCCCAGAUGCUACAUCUGGAGAAUUACAGGAGUUCACCAAGUCCCUGUUCACUUUGAUACAGCCGUCUGUGGCGGAGUACUACCGGGACCUGUCGAAACAUGCACGGCGUAAACGGAAUAGGAGCAGCAUCCCCCCACCCACAGCACCGCCAACCAGCGGGACGUCUCAGACUUUGUCACUACAGGGCUGGCAUGUCCGUUACGAGUUCAAACUAGGAAUUUUCGCUGAAUUCCGGCAAGAGAUGGAUGCGGCCCUGAGGAAUUAUGAAAGCGCGUACGAGACUCUGUUUGGGCAAGAAGUUUUUGAAACCAUUGCAGGCUGGAACCCGCGGUUUAACCAUGCGCGCCUUCUGGCUGAUUCACUUGCAAUCCGCAUCAUUCGCUGUCUGCUUUGGGCGGGCCAAACCGCCGCAGCGGUGCGGUCAUGGGUCAGCCACAGGGAUCGCACGCAGGAUAUAGUUAAUCGACGGGGCAAAGGGUCGAGAAACUAUGGAUGGGAAGCCUGGGAGUCUAGGUGGUCAAUGGUCAUGGCGGACCUCGUUCGCCGCGCGGAAAUCUCCCCCCAGGAACAAUACCUCGCGCUUGCGUCGCAUGAAAAACCAACUUUUACGGGAGAUGGCCUCUACCCAUGGGAGCAACUUCACCAUGAAGGUUAUUGGCUAUACCGCUCUGCAAAGCAUGCAAUGAAACGACGAGCUCUAGCGCAGCAAAUUCCGGACGAAGACCGAAUGCCCCCGGGACAAUCACCCGCUUCACAGAUUGCGAGCAAAUCUUAUCUAUAUGACACAUACUUGGCCCCCGAGACACAUGUGGAAGCACCUCUAUCGGGAUCCAAGGGAUUUGACCAUUCGUCAUUGAUCCUGAGCAUCUUGAAAGCCGCCCUGGAGGAAUUCGCGAAGCGCAACCAAACACGAAAAGUGGAAAGCCUUUGUCUAGAAAUUGCGGAAGAAUACGUACAGAUUGGUUCGUGGUCUGACGGCUUAAAUAUUCUGCGGCCGCUGUGGUCGACUCUCAGCUGGCGGGGUUCUGGCUGGUGGCCGCUUAUGGAAAGGUUUGGAUCGGCUUUGAGGGAAUGUGCCUUACAAAUGGGCGACGGUGAAAUGGUUAUUCGAGUCGACUGGGAGCUACUUAGCAAAGCAUUUCACCAUCGGCCAUCCUGGCACUACGAUAUCCAUAGGAGUCUUGAAGGAAUUUCGGAUAAGCCAAAACCUUCCGUUGUUCUACGAGCCGAGGACGUUCUGUCGAGUAUCACUGCGUGCCUGAUUUUUGAAAAGAGCGAAGGGAAUGUCGGCGAGUCUCUACAAGCCCAGCUUGUUAUCUCUUCAUUUGCCCAUUCGUCCGCCGCUCCUAUAAGGCUCUCAGAUGUUAAGAUAGGUUUUGAAGGCUGUCUUCGUCCAAUCAAAGUUCAGUCUGAUAACAACGCUGAACCUGAUAUCACUACUCCGUGCACUAUAGAGUCGAUCUCUCUUCGGGAGGCUAGCAUGUCGACUGUUCCCUCUACUGCCCAGUCUCCCAACAGCGGCCCAGCAACGCUGAAGGGGAUUGCCGACUUGACUAUUGGACCUUUACAAACCAAAGUCGUUAAUUUGACAUGCAUCCCCCGGGAGGCUGGCGAGGCCAGAGUAGCCUCAAUUACAAUGUCUAUCGAGGAGGGAAAAUUUGACCUCUCAUAUUUUAUCACGGAUCAGAGCCAACGCGAAUUCUCCUGGUGGCAGCAAACACCCAAGGGAGUAUCGAAACGAAGAGUAGGGAAGGGUCGGGAUGUUAAUCGAUGUAGAAUCAAGCGCAAGCCACCCAAAAUACGGAUUACAACACCUAACCUGAGGAAUAUCUACUAUACCAACGAACGAAUUAUCCUGACCAUUGGCAUCCACAACGACGAAGAAGAAGACGCCGACGUGUCAGCCGAGACGAGGUUAUUCGGCCGCCCAGAGUCUCUGGCAAGGCUUCAAUGGGCGGACGGAGAAAACAACUCAGGCAAGCAGGACACAGAAGACAACUCUACUGACGAAAAUGAUCGUCACUUCAUCAAGAGACCAGUCGGUAUCAUGGAGCAUUCAUCAAAGAAGGAGUUGUCGUUAGUAUUGACAGACACUAAUGAUGCCUCGGACUAUCAGCUGGAAAUAUCGGCUGUGUAUCACCUUUUGUCCGAUGUUCAGACCCCCAUUAUUAAAACAGAGACUGUGGGCUUGUCUAUUAUCAGGCCCUUUGAGGCGAAUUAUGAAUUCCUUCCGCGCCUUCAUCCCCACCCAUGGCCUGACUUUUUCCACGUUGAUGAUGAACUGCUUGAGGAUGGGCCCAUAUCGAAGCCUCGGGGUCUGCACCAGAAAUGGUGCCUUGAUACCAAGAUUGUCUCCUUUGCUUUGGAGCCGUUGAUCAUCGACAAGGUGUCUGUGGUGUUGCUUAGUGCUGGCGGCGGGACCGCCUGUAACAUCGGCUCUGAGACCAUCGCUGGCCCAGAGAGGACAUCAGAGAUAGCUCCUGAGGAACUUCGAGAGUCUCAGUUCGUUUUAGACGUGCAGAAAUUCAUAUUGGGCGACCGACGGCCGACAGCGCUCAAUCUCGCAUUGGAGAUUCACUGGCGUAGGCGGGGUUCUGCAGACGACGUCGACCAAGCUGCCACUGUCUCUACCCUAGAUAUUCCUCGCUUCGUUGCACCAGCCGGUGAGCCGCGAGUGCUGGCUUCAGCAAUUACAUCUAGUACUCUGUCCGGGCUGGUUCACAUGGACUACGUACUGGAAAACCCGUCAACGCACUUCCUCACGUUCAACCUGACCAUGGAAGCCAGCGAACAAUUCGCGUUUAGCGGUGCGAAGACGACCGUGGUUCAACUGGCACCGCUGAGCAGACACACAGUACGGUACAAUCUGCUGGCGGUUCAACGGGGAUUAUGGAUUGCACCAACGCUCGUUGUAUUAGAUACUUAUUUCAACAAGAUACUGCGGGUCCUUCCCACAGAUGAAAUGAGGUCGGACAAGAAAGGAAUCCUGGUUUGGGUGGAUGCGGAUGACUAG